AUGUGUUUCUCAAAAGCAAAAUGGCAAAGGGAAGAGGUUCAAGAUCAUAAAUUUGAUUUUGUUGAUGUGGAUGAAUUUCAGAAUAACAGCCUUCUGAUGCAAUUAAAGUAUUCGGUCGUGUUCAUGAUAGUCUUAAAGUCAGUUCUAGUCUACAUUGCCGACAU